AUGCCUUUCCUCCCGGCCAUCACUUUGGGAUCAUCUGCCCCUUCCCUCUUCUCGAUUACUUUUCUCUUGAUAGCUGUAUUGAGCGGAUUACAGGCAGUAUCCGCAGAAUUCGACGCAGCUUUCAAAUCGCGCCCCGACCUUUUCUCCCCGAUUGUCACCUUCGAGCGCCGCAUUCCGCAAAAACUUCAUCCUGGGUACAUUUUUAUCGGGCCGUACGAGGCAACGAACUCAGGUCCUUAUAUUUACGAUAAUGAUGGGAACUUAGUUUGGAGCGGUUGGGGCAAUUCCGGCCCUGGGAAUGCUCACGGCAUGCACGUAUGCGAAUACAAGGGCAAAGACCACUUGUGCUUUUUCCAGGGGGUUCAACAGAAUGGCUAUUGCAGGGGUCAUGGCGUUAUCAUGGACAGCCAUUACCAAAUCGUCAAGACCGUGGUCCCCGGCGGCGGCAUGGCAUCGAGCGACAUGCAUGAGUUCAAACUCGUUGACGGCGGCAAGCGGGCCUUGCUGACGGUUUACCAGCAGCGGCAAUUUGAUAUGAGUAUAUGGAACAUAAAAAAGGGCAUGGGCUGGUUGAUGGAAAGCGUAUUUCAAGAGGUGGACGUCGAAACAGGCAGGGUUUUGUUCGAAUGGAGAUCGCUCGACCAUGUCGACCCGUCUGUUAGCUAUACACAUCCUGGCUCUACGGAUACUUCAGGCACCGGGCUGGAACCGCGCUCCCCGUGGGAUUACUUCCAUAUCAACUCAAUCGAUAAGGACGAGGGGGGGAACUACCUCAUUUCGUCGCGCCACACUUGCGCAAUCUACAAGAUCUCGGGCCGUGAUGGAUCUAUCAUCUGGCAGUUGCAUGGCGCGACGCCAUCGUUCAAUAAUACUAAUUUCAGUUUCUCGCAGCAACAUGAUGCGCGGUGGAUGAGUCAAAACAGAACCCAUACCCAGCUCUCGCUGUAUAACAACGGGUACAACGGGUACAACAGGACGCAUUGGUACUCCUCAGGAAUGAUUGUUCUAAUCGACCAUAUGAACAAGACAGCCACGCAGCUGCAAGACUACGGACCAGAUAAACUCAGCAUGAUCAGCUCCAGCCAAGGCAACAUGCAAGUGCUAUCGAACGGAAACAUUUUCAUGGGCUGGGGAAACAAUGCCUACCUUUCCGAGCACGACGAGGAGGGCAAUCUGCUGCUAUGGGCCAAUAUCGGAAAGGGCAAUAUCAUGAACUAUCGAGCCCAGAAGUUUCGCUGGGUGGGAAAUCCCACCGACAUCCCAGCUCUCUGGACAUAUUCCAAGGGCAGCUAUAAUUCCACCGCGACGACCUUUUACGCCAGCUGGAAUGGCGCAACGCGUAUCAAAUACUGGCGAUUCUACGGCACGAACAACUCCACUGGCAACUAUACACUCCUCCACCGCGUCCGCAAGGACGGGUUCGAGACCUCGUACACGGCAUCUGAAUUCUACCGCUAUAGUUAUGCGGAAGCAGUGGAUUCGCAGGGGAAUGUUCUCGGUAGAUCGCGCAAACAGUUUACCUUUACCCCGUCACCGGGCCUCCAGGAAAACUGCGAAGAAACCACCUGCGAGAAUACAUAUUACUACGGCGAUGGCGAGAAAGGCGCAGCGGCAACUGUCCCCGAGGUCGGGCUCAAUACUGUUCCCUGGGUGGACCCCGACCAUCCCGGAGCGCAUCUCAACUGGGGGAAUACAAGGCCUACAACAGCUCCCGAAGAUAAAAACCCGGGCGCUUUGGAAGAAGCAUACAACCGCGUAGGAUGGUUCGCACCGACCAUGGGUGUUCUCUUCACCGGGAUCGGCAUCUACAUCGUGCUCAGGGUAUAUCGAAAACACCAGUUCUCCGACAGAGCGAGACGAAGCUCGUCGGAAGAAGAAGACUUGGACCUGGACGGGGCCCGCGAGGCGAAAGCUUCAUUCCGAGUUUCGAGUUUGCCCUGGUGGAGCUGGCGCCGCUGGACGGCUGGUGAGCCAGCGCGGUACUUUCCUCUGUCAGAGAGACGUGGACGUGCGUGGGAUAGAUAG